AUAGGAGUGGUGUGUUUACUAAAACGCAGAAAAAAAUCUACUGAUGAAACUGAUGAUGGAUAUCAAACUGUUCACCAUGAAAUUGGCCACCCAGAAACUAACACUCAUACUAUUGAACCAGAGGCUGAUCACAUCACUGAUGUUUAUGAAAUUCCUUUUGAUGGAAAAGAAAGUAACGUUCCCCAAGCUACCCAAUCAGGUGUAUAUGAACAAAUUAACCCUAUUGAAGAAGAACGUUCAAGACAAGAGGCCCUCAUUAAUGCAGAUGUUAAAGAUAAAGCUACUCCACCAGGAGCCGACCCAAAUGAAUAUUUUCUCCUUGAUGAAGUUGUUCCAGCAAUACAGCGGAUCAACAUACAUCCAGGUGAUAAUGCAUCACCAAAAAAGGUUGACCCAGAUUCUGCCUAUGAACAUAUCCCAAUAGGAGAGGUAGAACCAACAAGACACGAGAGUCAUGUUUACCAAAAUAUUAAAACUGAAGCAGUGGAGCCUGACUAUGUUAACUUUGGCAAAGGCAAAAUGCAUGGAAAUAAAGACUAAAACAAUAGUGCCAUAGAUAAAUAAUUUUUGAUUAUCGAAAAAACAAAACACACACACCCAGUGGUCUGAAAAAGGGACGGAGGGAGGGGAUCAGGCAAUUAUUAAUACAACAUAUAUUUGAAUGUGUUUGUGAUAUCAUCAUUCAACAUGCAAUAUCAGGUUUUGGUACACUGCAUUACUUACAAAAUGUAAAAUAUACAAAUUUUAAGGGAUAUGUAUUUAAUUCAUACAAGAUUAUUUUCAUG